AGCCAAUCGUCGUCAGGGUUCCCAGACGCUGCAUUCGUGUGUUUUGCACAUUUAAUCGUGCUGCUCGCUCCUGCUAUACUUUCUCCUUAUCCACAACCUCAUACAUCAACCAUCCAGUCAUGACCAGCUCUAAUUCUUCUGACUCCUCUCCUCCAAAAAGGAGCUAUCUUCAUCCAGGUCCCAUUGAGUCUUUUGUUGCGAAUGGUCUCAAAACUUUUGACUACUACUUUGACCUGCCACUCAACCACACCGACCAGAGCAGCAAGCAAACAAUUGUUGUCUUUGCGCGCAGGGUUGUUGCUGUUGAACGACAGGAUGAUGCAGAAAAGAUGCCAUGGCUAGUUUUUUUCCAAGGAGGACCUGGAUUUCAAGCCCCAGACUACAACACUGCCUGGGUUAAGAUGGCCGCAAAGAAAUAUAAUGUCUUGUUGCUGGACCAACGUGGCACAGGAUUGUCAACGCCAAUGACUGUCCAGCGACUUUCACAGUUCAAGACACCUCAAGAACAAGCAGAUUACUUUAUGUAUUUCCGUGCUGACUCUAUUGUUCGCGAUUCUGAAUUGAUUCGAGAGACUCUUCUGGCAAACUAUUCAGAAAAAAAAUGGAGCCUGUUGGGACAAAGUUUUGGCGGAUUCUGCAUCACUACAUAUUUAUCACUGUUUCCAGCGUCCGUUACCGCAGCAUACAUCACUGGUGGUAUCCCACCUGUCUUUGAUUCUCUGGAGACCGUAUAUCGAAAAACGUUCAAGAGCGCCAUAGAGCAUACAGAACGCUAUUACAAACGAUUUCCAAUGGACAUUAAGCGUGUCAAGAAGAUCAUGAAGUAUUUGGCUACGAACGAAGUCAGACUCCCAACAGGCGGCAUCCUCACCCCACGCAGGUUUCAGCAGUUGGGUCUCAGCCUUGGAUUGUCAGGAGGUAUGGAUCGUAUACAUUCUCUCUGUUUGCAGGCAUUUGUGACGUUGAGCGACGGUAAAGAGGAACUCUCAAGCUUAUUUCUGACGGAGAUGGAAUCACAGGAGCAGACGCCACCAAUAUAUGUGAUCUUGCAUGAGGCAAUUUACAAUGACGGACCAGGUGUGGCAUCCAACUGGACAGCUUCUCGUCUGUUGAAGGAAGAAUUCAAAUCCACAUUUGAAUACUCACUUGAGAAAGAUACUUCGGACAAGCCAGUGUACUUUACAGGCGAGCACAUGUUUGACUGGAUGCUGGAUGAUUACGCUUCGCUUCAACCGUUGAAAGAGUGUGCCGAAAUUUUGGCCAAGUGCAAUACUUGGCCAAAGCUGUAUGAUCCUGAGGUACUAGCUAAGAAUACGGUCCCUGUGGCUGCGGCCAUGUACUAUGACGAUAUGUUUGUAGCCCGUGAGUGCUCCGAGAAAACUGCCAGUCGCAUUCAAGGCCUCCGACUCUGGAUUACCAACGAAUACAUGCACUCAGGUCUGCGCGAUAAUGAGGCAAUUCUGUCAAAGUUAUUUCAGAUCAUUAGUGGCGAGACUGACGUGCCUGUUUCUUAAUCGGAUCUUCAUAAUAAUGACAGCCUUAUUCAUCCACUUUCCAUUUUCAUUGAUAAUAAUAAUAAAAGCUUUUGACAAAAC